UCAGGGCCAGUCGCGAACGAAGGCGCGCGGAGCUGCAGCAUCUGGUUGAGAAUCCCCGGGGAAGCGUCGCGGCCCGGGAGGCAACCCUUCCAGCGCAGGUGGUCGCGCCUAGCCGGAGUCUCCAACCGCCGCCCCUCCUCCGUAGGGGUCUCGAGCUUGCGGAUGGGAGGCACGGCUCGCGGACCUGGGCGGAAGGAUGCGGGGCCGCCCGGGGCCGGACUCCCGCCCCAGCAGCGGAGAUUGGGAGAUGGUGUCUACGAUACCAUCACGAUGAUAGAUGAAACCAAAUGUCCGCCUUGUUCAAAUGUUCUCUGCACUCCUUCAGAACCACCUCUACCCAGAAGACUCAAUAUUACCACCGAGCAGCUGACAAGAGACCAUACUCAGCACUUUCUGAAUGGAGGUGAGAUGAAGGUAGAGCAGCUAUUUCAAGAAUUUGGCAACAGAAGAUCUGAUACUUUUCAGUCCGCUGUCGUCACUGACUCUGAAAAAUGCUCUCCUACCGUUUCUCAGGGUAAAAGUUCAGACAGCCUGAACACAGUAAAAUCCAGUAGUUCCUCCAAAACACCCAAAGUGGUACCACUGAAUCCCGAGCAAGCCCUGAAGCAGUAUAAACACCACCUCACUGCAUAUGAGAAGCAGGAAAUCAUCACGUAUCCAGAAAUUUAUUUUGUGGGCCCAAAUGCUAAAAAGAGACCUGGUGUUAUUGGUGGUCCCAAUAAUGGGGGUUAUGAUGAUGCAGAUGGGGCCUAUAUUCAUGUACCUCGAGACCACGUAGCUUAUCGAUAUGAGGUGCUGAAAAUCAUUGGCAAGGGGAGUUUUGGGCAAGUAGCCCGGGUCUACGAUCACAAACUUCGACAGUAUGUGGCCCUAAAGAUGGUGCGCAACGAGAAGCGAUUCCAUCGCCAAGCUGCUGAGGAGAUCCGGAUCUUGGAGCAUCUUAAAAAACAGGACAAAACUGGCAGCAUGAACGUUAUCCACAUGCUGGAAAGUUUCACAUUCCGGAACCACGUUUGCAUUGCCUUUGAAUUGUUGAGCAUAGACCUUUAUGAGCUCAUUAAGAAAAACAAGUUUCAAGGUUUCAGUGUCGAGUUGGUGCGCAAGUUUGCCCAGUCCAUCCUGCAAUCCCUGGAUGCUCUCCACAAAAAUAAGAUCAUUCACUGUGACCUGAAGCCAGAAAACAUUCUCCUGAAACACCACGGGCGCAGUGCAACCAAGGUCAUUGACUUUGGAUCCAGCUGCUUCGAGUACCAGAAGCUGUACACAUACAUCCAGUCUCGUUUCUACAGGGCUCCAGAGAUCAUCUUAGGAAGCCGCUACAGCACGCCCAUUGAUAUAUGGAGUUUUGGUUGCAUCCUUGCAGAACUUUUAACAGGACAGCCUCUCUUCCCUGGAGAGGAUGAAGGAGACCAGUUGGCCUGUAUGAUGGAGCUUCUAGGGAUGCCACCACCAAAACUUCUGGAACAAUCCAAACGUGCCAAGUACUUUAUUAAUUCGAAGGGCCUACCACGUUAUUGCUCUGUGACUACUCAGGCAGAUGGGAGGGUUGUUCUUGUGGGGGGCCGCUCACGUAGGGGUAAGAAGCGGGGUCCCCCGGGCAGCAAAGACUGGGUAACAGCACUGAAAGGCUGUGAUGACUACUUGUUUAUAGAGUUUUUGAAAAGAUGUCUUCAUUGGGACCCCUCUGCUCGCCUGACCCCAGCUCAAGCAUUAAGACAUCCUUGGAUUAGCAAGUCCAUGCCUAGACCUCUUACCACAGAAAAGGUGUCAGGGAAACGGGUAGUAAAUCCUACAAAUGCGUUUCAGGGACUGGGUUCCAAACUGCCUCCAGUUGUUGGAAUAGCCAACAAGCUUAAAGCUAACUUAAUGUCAGAAACCAACGGUGGUAUACCACUGUGCAGUGUAUUGCCAAAACUGAUUAGCUAAUGGACAACAAACAGUGUGCUCGGAAAUGCAUAUACAUAUAUUUUUAAUUAUCUUGCAAACUUAAAAUUGGAAGUAAAGGAAAAAAUAUAAGCCCGUUGAUGGAUAUGUUUUGUUAAGACUAGACUUUUUUUUUUUUUUUUUUUAAACAGGCAAAACAUUUUUAUAUGAUUGUAAAAACUCUUCAAGGGCUAAUUACCUAACCAGCUUGUAUUGGCCAUCCUGGGAUAUACAUUAAAUGACUUUUUAUAGGUCA